ACUGAAGAAAACCGAUGCAGCCAGUGACCACCAACAGAAUUCAACUUGAUAUCCAAAUUAUAUAGAAAGCGUGUUUGUUUUUUUCUUCUAAAAAUCUAAUAAUAGUCAUGGCUCCUGCUGUUGGUAAAAAGCUGACGGGACUUGUUGCAGCAACCUUUACUCCAUUAACUCCUCAGGGUGACAUUAACAUAUCAGAGAUUGGCCCUUAUGUUGACUACCUGACAAAGAAGCAAGCUGUAAAUAACAUAUUUGUGAAUGGCACCACUGGAGAGAGCAUGUCUCUCAGUGUGGAGGAGAGGAAGACGCUGGCAGAGGAGUGGUGUCAGAAUGCCAGGGGCAAAAUGGAGCAAGUCAUCGUGCAUGUAGGCUGCAUGAGUCUCAAAGAUUCCCAAGAACUGGCCUGCCAUGCAGCAAAAGUAGGGGCUGAUGGAAUAGCAGUUAUUGCCCCAUCCUUCUUCAAACCUAGAACUGUCGAUGCUCUACUGAAAUUCCUCCAGCAAGUGGCUUCAGCUGCUCCAACUCUGCCCUUUUACUAUUAUCACAUUCCAGCUGUGACCGGUGUUGAUUUGAAAGCUAGAGAUAUCCUCGAGGGUAUUGACAAGCUCAUCCCCUCUUUCAUGGGUGUGAAGUUCAGUGGGCGUGACCUGAUGGACUUUGGCCAAUGGGUCCACUGCAGUCGACCUCAGUGGUCUCUCCUCUACGGCGUGGAUGAGCAAAUGCUAGCAGGUCUGGCUAUGGGAGCCAAUGGAGCAGUUGGCAGCACAUAUAACUAUGUUGGAAGCCAGAUCAACCAGCUCAUGUUGGCAUUUGAGCAAGGGGACCUCGACCGUGCUAGGACAAUACAGUUCAAGCUGCAGGAGCUUCUCUCUUAUGCAAUGGAGCUUGGUUUUGAUUUAGGAGUGAACAAGCAGCUGAUGAGUGACGUGUCAGGAUUGUGUCUGGGCCCCCCUCGCCUCCCUCUCCUGCCUUGCCCCCCUGCUACCGCUCACGCCGUUGCAGAGAAAUACCGCAGUGUUUUCUCUAAACAGUGACAUCUUAUGCACACACUCCACCUGCUGCCCAGCUCAGUGCUGUUGCUCUCAUUGUAGAGUUCAAUUGACUGUAGUCACCAUGCAACGGAUUCAGUUGAGUUUUGCAACGGGGGGGAAACAAAACAACAACAAAAAACCUUAGAGGACCAGCAUUAGGUUGGUCUAUAAAUAUAAACUAAUGGUUGUAGUGUCAGGUUUCUGUAGAGAAAGCCACAGAAAGUGUUGUCACCUUUGAACGGCUCCUGUAAGUAAGAUGCUCUGCACUGAACACAGGAGGGGAAAUGCACGUAUGUAACCCAUAGUUAGCGGUAUGAAUAGUAGAUUCAAGGCAUGAAAGCAAUCAGUGGCGGCUGGUUCCAAAAAAUGUUUUUUUUGGGGGGGGGGGGCGUAAUUUACCUUGGUGCAGCACACCUGACAGCUGCUUUAAUGUCCACACAGUCACAGAGUUAUUAAGAAGGACAAUGGAGCCUAUAGAUUUUAUCAGGGUUCGUAGAUGGUGGAUGAUUGACAGUCGAGACGAGGCGUCGUGGUGGGUGUGAACAUGAUUGAUAGCCAUGAGAACUGUCCAAUCACAUUAGAUCAAAAAACAUUACCACAACACCAAUUCGCUGCCAAUAAAAGUGGGAGUGUCUGGGGCGCACAGAACUGCGCCCCCAUGGUAAAUCUGAUGAACCCAAUCAGACAGCAGCUUCAGGUCACCUGCUCGCCAAAAGUUUGAGGGCUUACAUAAGGUAUCGUUUGGCCGGCGCCCCUCACCCAGGAAGUAUAUGUAUUCAGACAGAAAUCAACCAAACACCACUUGGAACCAAUAUUUAAUGGCUGCUGACAGGCGCUCACAGACUGAAAAACACUUUUAUUGCAUAAUUAUUUGCAUUAUACAACUAAAUUAUAUUUAACAUGUUUUAAGAAGAUUUUCGUCUCUUGAUAUUUGAAGGGGGCGACGCCCCGGCACCCUGUACUGGCCAGCCGCCACUGGAAACGAUCACAAAACAAUUCAGGAAAUCUGCUUUAAGAUUUUUAAAAAUUGGGUUUUUUAUACAGAUGUCGAAGGACCACAAAUAGAAACUAGACACUGUGCCUUGUAAAUGGACAUGAAUGAGUGUAUUUGAACAGGGGGAAGUGAUUAAUGGUGAAUGGGGGUAAAUUGUGCCUGUCCACUUGGAUGGGUGGCUCAGAAUAGGUAGCGUCUCGUCGUUUCAACAAGUAUUCUUCACUGAUAUUUUCCCGACAAGGUUUAAUCUGUGCCUGUAGUGAGGACAUAAGCUGUUUCUCUGUGUAUUACAGGGAUUUUACACUCCUGCAUUUUUUAAAACAUUAUUUGUUUUCUAACUUUCACUGUCCAGGGAAAUCAAACUUUAAACAUUUUUAAAGUUCAAAAUAGUCAUCGUUUUUUAGCCAGCUGUUACCUUGAAAUGAUCGUCUGUGUAAAACCAUGUUUUGUGUGAGUCUAAGUAGUGUUACGUAUUUUUGUACAACGGUAAAAGGGAAGUGCAUUACAAACGGAUCAAUCAAGCGGAUCAGCUCUGAUCAAUGCCGAUUUCUAACAAAUAAACUCACUGAGUUACUC